AUGGCGUCGCACAACCAGCAGGUCCAGGCUCGCGCGCCUGCGACAGCGCAGAGCCAAACCACCGUUACCACGCAGAUCCAAACCCCACAGCAACCAGCCCCCAUCCUGCGCCUGCGCGGUGCCCAUGCUUCUCGGCGCAGGUCCAAAGUUUGCUGCAUCUACCACAGACCCAAAGGUGUCGAUGAAUCUAGCGACGAGUCAUCCUCCGAUUCCGACUCCGAUUCCGACUCGGAUGGCGACCACAAGCACUCGAACGGCAAGGGCCACGAUGAUAGCUGUCCAGGCCACGGAGACCAUAGCCACGGCAGACGGAGAAGGAGCGGCAAGGAUAGGCAAAAGCGCCGGCCCAGUCCCAACGCGUACGAGCGGGUACCAAAGCCAAAGCCCAAACCAACCCCCGAGGAAAACGGAUCUGGCGGCGGAGCCCAAGGGGAGGAUAAGCCGAAGGCUUGA